AGCGAGCCAGUGCCGUGCCGACCGCCGCGCGAACCACUCGCACGCCGUGCAGCGCGCUCACGUUCGCGACUCGACUCGUGCUACCCUGUGUACCUGUGCCCUGUGUUAUACCCCUGAAAGUACGUAAACAAAACACACUAACUUACCUGUGAAAGUGCGGUCCGGAUUUAUAUUGGAGCGGCAUCAAACGCGUGCGUAUUGCUUGUUUGUUGCGAGUGAUAGAAUCUGUUGCAUUCUGCAGGGCGCUACCAGUGAUCAAGUCCCCCGUACCAGCAUGUAGUAGUCAGUGAACGAUAAAUACCACAAAUUUUCACUCGCGUUUUAAAUAAAUUAAAGAUGGCCGACGUUCUCGAAAUCGACCCCGUGGACGAUGACCUCGGUUACGAUUACGAGACGACAAAGAUCCCCGACAUCAUUGCCCCAGACGAGAUGAUUGAGUCUGGUUACCAAGAGGGGUCUGAACAAAGUUAUGGGGAUCGUAGGGAUUCGAAGGAAGGUUUUGGGGGUGAAGGAGACUCUGACAGUGGUGUGGAUGGGGUGAGCAGUGGCUGUAGUGUCGCCGAUGACUGUCCCGUGGUGUCGAUCAACGAUGUGGUGGCGUAUUACGAUGACAUUCGUCCGAGGCGGCGGCACGUACCGCAGCUCAGCUUCUACAACGUGGACAUCGAGCGCCUGGCCAUGGAUGCUCUCGUUCAGAGCGAGUCGAGCUACACUUCAUCAGAAGAGGGCUGCGGUGGAGGCGAGCGCCACGCCGUGCUCAGCUACGAGCAGGUGCGGCGGCUCAACGAUGUGAUGGACGAGGUGGUGGCCAUCCACGGCCGCGGCAACUUCCCCACGCUGCACGUGCGUCUGCGCGAGCUGGUGGCGGGAGUGCGCGCGCGCCUCGAGGCGCCACAGACCGCGGGCGGCGCUGGCGUCAACGUGCGCGACGUGCGCCUCAACGGCGGCGCAGCCAGCCACGUGCUGGCCGACCGGCCGCAGCCGUACUCCGACAUCGACCUCAUCUUCACGGCCGAGCUGCCCACCGCGCGCCACUGCGACCGCGUCAAGGCCGCCGUGCUCGGACACCUGUCCACCCUCAUGCCACCUGCUACGCCGCGCCGCCGCGCCUCGCCAGCUGGCCUCAAGGAGGCCUACGUCUCAAAGAUGGUUCGCGUGAAUUCGGACGGUGACCGCUGGUCCCUCAUCUCCCUCGGCAACUCACGCGGCCACAAAUCUGUAGAGCUGAAGUUCGUAGACACAAUGCGUCGCCAGUUCGAGUUCUCCGUCGACUCGUUCCAGAUUGCUCUCGAUUCGCUCCUCGCGUUCCACGAGUGCGCUCAACUGCCCAUUGGCGAGAACUUCUACCCAACUGUCGUCGGCGAGUCCGUAUAUGGCGACUUCAAUGAGGCUCUGAACCACCUCGCCGAGAAACUGAUCGCGACGCGGCAGCCUGAAGAGAUUCGUGGCGGCGGUCUUCUAAAAUACUGCGCCCUGCUUGCGAAGGGCUACCGGCCAGCACGGCCAGACAAAAUCAAAACCCUCGAGCGCUACAUGUGCUCGAGGUUCUUCAUCGACUUCCCUGAACUCGGGCAGCAGCGUGCUAAGCUCGAGGCCUACCUGAGGAACCACUUCGUUGGCAGAGAGGAGGAAGCUCUAAAGCAUAGGUACCUGACCCUACUGCACGGCGUGGUGCGCGAGUCCACGGUGUGCCUGAUGGGCCACGAGCGGCGGCAGACGCUGGCGCUGAUCGAGGCGCUGGCGUGCCGCGAGCUGUGCGCGCGCGCGCCCGUGCUGCUGGCGCCGCAGUACUACGUGUGCGUGUGCGCGUGCGCCGCGUGUGCGCAGUGCGCGCAGUGCGUGGCGUGUGCGCAGUGCGCGCCGCCCGCGCCCUACUGCGACUGCUGCCACGCCGCCUCGUGCCCGGCGUGACCGGAGAUCCUGUACGACCGACGAUGAAUUUAGUGCCAAAUGUAUAUAAUACGGAUAAAUGUAUGUACGCGUAGGAGCGGGCGGCGGCGCCCCGCCGCGUCAAGUUGCUCACUGUCCGCCGAUCAAUUCGCUCGUCAAUUGCCCCGCGAGCUGGCUUCGGGCCGGCCCGCGGCUCUCGGCCCGCCGCGACGUGAAGUAAUUUCUAGUCGUACUCCUUUCGUGUUGAUAACUUAAUAUGUUAGCAGUACGAAAAUUAUCGUUCACGUGGAUUGUGACGGACGCGCCGCUAGAUAGUGAGUCCGAGUCGAUGGUCUGCCUAUAUAAAAAGACUAGUUAGUUAUUUUUAAGCUUUUACGUAUAGAAGUCUCCAUAAAAGUAGUGGCAUGUCUCUCGCCGUCGAAAUAUCACGGAGAAGCGGACGGUCGGAUACGAGUUUUAUUGCUAACUGUAAGUGAGAAAAUUUAUUGCGAGAAAUGAUAACCGGUUCACUUGCGCGACAGAUACUAACGGAGGAGCGUGCGUGCUUUUUGUAGGAACAAUGAUUGUGAAGUAACAAGUCCGGCCUUGUCGACGGCCUUAAACGCGAGAAAAUCCGUUGAGUAGUAGUAGAUCACGAACGUAGCCAGCGCGGUCGCCUCCGCUCCUCACUCUCACACACGUAAACAACUAUUUUACUAUGUAUUUAUCAAUCUGAAAGGAUGUAUGUAUACACUUACACGUUUCGUGAUCGCUCUAGUAUUGUAUACGGCUUGGCGUACGAGUAACAAAUUAAGAUACACAUAGAAAAAUAUAAAAUGAUAAAAAAAACUUAAAAACCCAAAAAAAUAUAUUACUAAGGUGUGUACAAUAUUAAAGUUCACGCUUUUUUAAAUAAUAUAAAAAUACCAUUAGAGAAUAUUUUAAGAACAUUUACAAGUAGUGAAGUCACGUUUAGUAACAGAGUACUUAUGAACAUUUUUUUUACUUUUAACGUCUCAUCAAUUGCAGUUUGUAUAAAGCUGUAGAUGUAUGGAAAAUGUGAUUUAAUUGUUGUAUUAAUUAACCAUGUUGUCGAUGAUUAUAUAAUUAUUAUCUACUUACAUAAAAUUAUGUAGAUUAAAUACAAUAGAGAGAUAUAUUAUUAUUGUUGUAUUUUAAUGAGAUAUAGAAUAUAUGAACGAUGGUGUAAACAGUGUCCGGCCAAUACGUGAAUGUGUUAGAUAUUUUGCCAAAUGCAUAUUCAGAGUAAAUACUAUAUUUAUACAGAUUGCAUGAACUUUGUAGGGCUUUUACUAAGCAGUUUGUUAUGUAGUAUAUUUUGAGUAGCGGAAAAUAUAUCCGAAGUAAUCAAGUACAAUCAUCUAAUAGAGUAUUAUCGUUAACUUCGGAACAAUUUAUCGAGUUUAUGAACGAAUUUUCCCGACUUGCUCACUGUCGAACCAAAAUUUACGAUCUCAUUUUUUUAUCUCUUCAAAAAUUCUUUUGGGAUUGUAGUGUUGUAAUGUAUACACUUUUAACUGUUGUCAUAUGCUUGUUAUCUUGGCUAUAUGUCAUUUUGUGACUUGGAGGUGAUAAGACAUUUGAUGCAAGUUAAAUAUUUAUGGGCAGUGAUCCGUUGCGCUCGUGUGAAAGUCUAGUGCUCAUAUUGUGGAUAAUGUAUUUUGUGUAAACUGUAUUGGAAUGGAUUGCAAGCACUAGAGUCGACAUUUCGGAAUUAUAUCGCAUGGUACAAGACACGAGUACAACGGAGCAUUGCCCUCGUCAAACGGUAGCCCUAAAUUAGAAAUAGUACCCAGUCGUCUGUACUUAGAAAUAAAUGAAGUACAUAAACAUAGUUAACUGAAUCUAAACUUUAUUCCAUUUAUGUAAUAAGAGUGAAUGUAAGUUAAUUAUCACUAGUGUUACUUGCUAUAUCGAGACAGGCGUCUAAGUUGUGAUUUGUAGUCUUUUCGACAGGUAUUUUAAAUGUCAUUCUAUAUUGUCACUAUAUUUAUUAUAAAUAACUGUGAUUGUUAUAUCUAUAUUGUAAAUCAGCUAUUGGCAAAAUCCGUUAAGAACUACCUCCUCGCGCGAAAUGUAAAAAAAAGAUAAACGAUGGUAUAUUUUUGGGAAUUUUCUCUCUACAACUAUGGAGAUAAUUAUGUAGUAAAUUAAAAUUAACCGUAGUGGACUUGCCAGUUAUUUGCAAAUCUUUGUGUAAUUUUUUUCGAAGUAGAUUUUGAACAUCGCAAUUUCAAUGGACAUGCUAUCGGCAGUGUCUUGGCAGAUCUACAUAAUUCUUUCUUUAGUUUGGGUCGAGUUCACUAUUCAGAAUUUCGUAAACAAUCAACUCGUAUAUUAUACACGAGACUGAAUAUAAUUCGAGAACAGUGAAUGGGGUCCCAAGAGAUACUGCAACUGGUUAGUUUAUAAAGCUCUUCCACAAACCACGACGAGUGGCUAAACGCUUCUAAAAACGGUCUAAAUAUUUUGAAAUUUUUAUUUUGCAAAGAGAGACAUUGCAGUAUAGUUUAGGAAUUUAUUAUUUUUUUCUAAAGUUACCAUCAGUUUUCAGCUAGCCUUAUUUUAUAAUUAAUUUUUAAUUCUAAUGAGCACUGGUCAAAUGGCGUUCUCGUGCAAUAGAUGGUUGUUUGUUAUUAUAUGUAUAUAUUGUUGGAAUAUGGUUUUGUGAAUUUGAUAUAUUUUACAGAGAUAUAUACUAGUCUCCUUAUAUUAUGUAAUGUACUUAAAACAAUGUUUCUUAAACCACCACGAAGGUUUUAGGUCAAAAUCAUUAUCGAAUUCUCAAACGCAUCUCAGUCUUAUAUCUCAUGUUCUCUUUGUGGUGAAAUAUUGUUAAAAGCCCUAGAAGUAUUGUUCGACAAUCUUGAUAUUUAUGAGAUUGAAUCCAGAUUUUGUUUUGUAUUUUUAAUGUACUAAGUUUUCUAAUAAAUAUUGUAACUUCGCCCUUUAACUUGGUUGACGAUUGAAAAGUAAUUGCACUCUGUACGUUUCUAAAAGUAUUUUGGCAUAUGUGUCGUAAGAAGCAAAGAUGACAUUACCAUCUAUAGCAAAGAAAAUUCUGGAAAAAAGACUUGAGCAUUCAAAACGUAUUAACUUGUCAAAUAAAUGUUAUCAGAUAAACAGUUUGGAUCUAUGUAGCUUCAAACAAAAACUGAUAUUAACUGCAGAACAUUAUUUCCAUUUAAUCGAAUACCAGAUAUUGCUUAUAUAGAUGAUGAUGUCACUGCUAUCAAACAAAUGGCAUUUGAGGAAACAAAAGUACGUGAAUUAUGCAAAAACAGUUGUAAUGCAAUCUAAGCUAGAAGCAUUUACUUAUCUAUUUAUAAAAUGUUGGUACUGGAACCAAGUUCCUUGGUCAACGAAACGACUACGAUGAUAGUUUUCAUCAAUUAACUAUAAAGUACAUGAUUUCCUUCGUUCUCAUUUCGUUGAAGAAGCAACUGGGUUUUGGGUUUGUGUUAGAUUUAUUGUGGAAGUAAGCACGUGAACGCCGUAAUAAGAAGCGAAGCUUCGCGGUACUAGAGGUGUCGACAAUUAGCAGCGGUGCGGCUUUAGUCUACUGUCCUACAAAACCAGUACAAAUAUCGCAACUAUCAUUAUUCUGUGGGUGUGGCACUAUUCGGUAGUUGAUAUAAUAGAGUUUAAUGCGUUUUUAAAUGGACAAUUUGCAUUACAUAGCCUUGAACGUGCAUAAUAUGCCAAUGUCGCAGAUAAAGGUAUCUUAUCAUGUUUUUCUAGAAUAUUACGCGAUUAAAAGCAUUGAUAAUUUUAAAUUGUAUGGAGACACAAAUGUGUCCGUUUUAGUCAUCUCUUGUCACAAAUGUGCUACGUCCACAGAGUAUGUUAUACGUAGUUGUGACGUCACACCAUCCCCUGCACCACUGCUACCUGUCCGCCCCCUACGUGCCCGAAGCUCGCCGUGUCGAAACUCUCGCUCAUAUGUUAAAAGCGAAUGUUCGACACACCGACUCUCUAGUUUAGGGGUUUUUAGGCCUUACGUUAUAUAAGCUUAUAUUAGGUUAUAUCAAGUAUAUUUACAUUAUAGUUAUUAUUUUUUCUUUCUCUUCCAAGUUGCCUGUUUCGUGUCACACGAACCGCGACGAUGUGUUGUUACGAUACAUAAUUACUAUUAUAUUUGUGAGGAGUUUUAAGCUAUUGUAAAUUUUACAGAAAUAAAAAUGUUGUGAAAAUAAAUUAUAAAAAAGUGAUAUAAACAGUGAA